AUGCGGAUUUCCACCAUCACUAUAAUAUCUCUAUAUUUCUGUUAUAGUGAAAGUUUAUCGUUCGUAGAAGAAUCGGAACAAAAUGUUAAUUUACAAGUCGCUACGGAAAAUGGAAUUGUGCAAGGCGACGAGCGAACGACAGAUAUUGGAAAGCCUUUUGUAGCCUUCGAAGGGAUUCCUUAUGCACAACCUCCGCUAAAGAAUUUGAGAUUUAGGGCUCCCCAAAACCCUACUCCAUGGAAUGGUGUAUUGAAUGCAACGCAACAGAGCAGCAAUUGCUUCGAACUGAGGCUGAGAUAUCUAACAAUUAAUCUUGCUGGUAAAGAAGAUUGCUUGUAUUUGAACGUGUACACUCCCAAAACGACCUCCAAGAAGCCGAAACUCUUCAACAGAGAUAACCUCCUUCCAGUAAUCGUUUGGGUGUAUGGUGGAGGUUUCGUCGAAGGUUCCGCCGAUUUCUACGGAUCGAAAUUCCUCUUGGACAAAAACGUUGUGGUGGUGACUUUCAAUUACCGCUUGGGCGCUUUAGGAUUUCUGAGCACCGGAGACUCAGCAUCGCCGGGCAAUUACGGACUCAAAGAUCAGAACGCCGUUUUGCGAUGGGUUAACAAAAACAUCCACCAAUUCGGCGGCGAUCCAGCGAAAGUGACUUUAUCUGGACAAAGCGCUGGAUCGUCCAGCGUGAUUUUCCACAUGAUUUCCCAGCGCAGUCGAGGGUUGUUCAGCCGCGCUAUAGCUAUGAGCGGAGAUGUUACGACCAGAUGGAGCCACCAGAAGUACCAGAAACUGGUAGCUUUUUUGUUCGGCGCAGGAGCGGGAAUAUUCACGGAAAACACCAACGAAUUGGUGGAGAAACUCCGCGAAGUGGAUUUCGAGAAAAUCAAAAUUUCCCAAACUUUCACGGUGUUGUGGAGGAUGUUUAAUGUUAUGCAAGAUGGUUUGGUUUUCACUCCUACAGUGGAGCCCGAAGGGCCAGAUUCUUUUCUAGUAGGGCCCCCUUAUGAGCUUCUGUUGAACGGGCAAUUUUCCAGAGUACCUUUGAUGAUCGGGAUGGUUACCCAUGAAAUUGGAUUCUUCAUGAAAUUUAUUUAUUUAUUCAAGCCAUUGCUUGUUGUGUUGUUUACAUUAAGCCCAAAGCUCAUUCCAAAUGUACUUUUAAGCCCUAAAAGGAGCAUUAUUGUAGCUGAUGAUAAUACAGAUAUGGAAGUUGGAUUGAAAAUAAUACGAGAAUAUUUUUCAUCCUCAAAUUCCCCGUUCGAUAAUAAAGCAGAAGAAUUUUUAACGGAUGUUUUCUUCAUGUAUCCAAUCACUAGGACAGUCAGGGCGAUGUCCUCUUUCACUCCAGUUUAUUAUUAUGUAAAUGGUCAUUCGGAUAAAUUUAUUAAAGAAGAAAUGGAGGCGCUUGAUCUACCAGUAGAUCCGAAUUAUAAAGGAACUGUUCAUUGCGAAGACUUGCCUUUGAUUUGGUAUAACGAAAAAGUGUUACCUCCAUUGCAAGAUAAGAAGAUCCAAACGAAAAUGUUGCAGUUGUGGAGGAAUUUCAUGACUACUGGGAACCCCACGCCGGGUUUGGAGCCAGCUAUAGGAACAUUGUGGCCCCCUGUGGAUAACAAAACUCGAGUACCCUAUUUGUUUGUAGAUGAAGAUGAUGUGAAAAUUGCUUAUGAUUACAAGAAGGAUAAAACCGAUUUUUGGGAUAACAUUUCCAAUGACUACGAGAGUAAUUAG